GCGAUAUACUCAGUUGUGGAUGCUUAGGAUCCACAUACGUUGAAGGAAAAGAUAAAUAUGGGAUGCACACAGGCCAAAGCAGCGACGGGAGUCGACUCGGCUGAGCUUGCAUCUACCUCCAACACCACGGCUAGAACGACGAGUACGAAUCUCAGUGCCGUCUCGUCCGGUACACCACGUGUCGUAGGAAGACGUAUACGGCGAUCCAAAACGCCGCGUUCGGACGCAUCCACGGCCAAACCAGAGAGUACGGCGAGCACAAUUCGCGACGAUACCAGCAUCUUUUUGCAAACACUCAGUGCCUACUUUGAUUGUCGCAAACAGCUCAAGGCCGAAGCAGAUCGCAUCGAUGCAAAAGGCAAGCUUCGAACAUUGCGCGUCUCCGCCAACGUCCGGCAGUACGUACACAAACGUCACAAGAGCAGUGCCAACACUAGUGGUUCCCUUUCAAUAUCCCGUCAGCAACAUGACAUACAAGGCCAAUCCGUAAAGAAUGUGCAAGACUUACUCGACGCUGCCGCAUUCGCCACACCCCAUUUCAAACGUUUCUUGAAUAAGCUCGUCGACGGUGUAGAGGAUGUCCGACGAUCCCAAGUCCUUAUCGCUCCUGCCAAACAAGCCGCACGGAUCAACGAAAAAGCUGUGAACGAUUACAGUGAGCGCGAACCGAAUCCCGCGGAAUCCUGGGUCUACGACGUCACCCGGGCGAGCUUGAUUUGUACCUCAGCCCGGCAAAUGCGUCGCGUGGCGAAGUGGCUCCACCAAAAUUCCCAGAUUGUGGUUGCCAAGAACCGCUUUAAGAAUCCGACCAUUAGCGGAUAUCGGGAUAUACUCUUUGUUGUCAAAAUUUACGUCCCGGCCAAAGACAAGUUGCACUCGUAUUUUGACCAUAUGUGCGAACUACAGAUCCACCACAAGCGCAUUUGGGGUCUGAAUCAUAAGCUCGAAUCCCACAAACACUACGAGUUUUUUCGGGCUUACUUUCGUGGUAAUGACGAAGAGUCCGUUGGAAAGCGCCUGGAAGACUUGGAAGCCAUAAACGCCAAAGGACGUUUAGACGAAUCAGUACUUGAGCAAGUUUUAGAAUCGUACGAUGGCUGGCGGAUGCGGCGACUCGCCCGCUUGUUUUACGAACACCUCCCGGAAUACGAGUUGGCAUUAAUGUUGCUGUACCAGGCUCGGGACUUGGCAAUUAUUGAGGAUGGGGACGACCACAUCCAUGUUGCCGCUAUCCAAAACAAUAUUGGCUAUGUACUCGGCCAACGGGAAGGGGGGAAUACCUCUCAGCCUUUCUGCAUCAUGAAAGGGCAUUGAUCAUUCGUCGACAUGUUUUAGGAAAAAAACACGCCGAUACCGCAUCGUCCUAUGCAAGUAUUGGAAAUGUCCUUCACUCUGUAAACAACUUGAAGGGCUCCAUGAAGAACCAUCGAUUGGCUCUAAAAAUCCGAUUGUCUGUGCUGGGACGGCGACAUCCGUGUACCGCGUCAUCGUUUCAUAGCAUAGGAACUCUACUACACAGUCAGAAAAAAACGCAAGAUGCUUUGGACCACCAUCAGCAAGCUCUAGAAAUUCGUAUUGAGGUACUAGGU